CUCAAAGGUUUUUGGAAAAUUAGUAAGACACAAUAACAAACCCUGACAGGCACACACCUUUUAGUUAUUUUCAAAAUUUUUUACGGACUUCAGAAGGUAGUUAGCCGUCAGACGACCAGGCCAAUAAUGCAUCAAUUCGCAUUCUGGAGGAGCGAUGUGAAGAAGAACCAGCUCGAGCAGAUCUCGCCCAUCUGGAAGGAUUUGAAUGCAACAUUUGUGACUGUCCUCAGCUGGAGUUGGCUCAUCUACACCCUGUCUGCAUUGGUAAUCCUCGUGUGUGCCUAUUUUGCAUAUUGUGAGCGAUGCCGCAGAACAGAGACUGUAAGACGUCGACGGGUUAUUCAAAGAGCCCAGGAGCGACCCCCUCAAAAGCGACGACCAAAUGCUGCCUACAGGGAUCACCAGAUCUACCGUCAUAUCAUCCUUAGUGUGGCCAAAUACAUGAAGAAUCCGGAGGGCAUUCGUCCUUUCAUAGAACACAUGGACCAACUGUAUCCUUUACGACAUCCACUGGCCGAUCAACAACAAGUAGCCGAGCUAUCUUUUAACGUCAACGAUGCAGAACCAAGUACUGGAGAGGACUAAUGAUCAAGGCCUAGGACACAAGGACUCCAAGAUGAAAUUUAAGAAACUUACAUUUCGGUGGUAAAUUUAUAAAAUAUAAUGCAGAUAGGAAACGA